UGAUAUGCACUGCAUGCGAUUGCGUGCUCGAUUUCCGAAAUGUCGAUCCCUCUCAAUGGAACUCGUACACGUUCAAAAGGAAUAAUAAGUGCAAUAGCAAAGCAUUUGAGAACUUUAUCUUUAAAACCAGUUAAAUCAAUUGAUAUAAAAUUCGAUCCCUUUCAUGAUAAAGCCUUGGAAGCAAGAGAUUUUCUGUUUCACAUUACAACUCCAAAGAUUAUUGCAACAAAUCCACGUUGCAUUGUAAAACCAUGCAUUGUUUCUGAUUUAUCUGAACCCGUAAUUACAUUCAAUUUGUUAUCUGGCGAUAAAAUAGUAUGCAAAUGUGCAAACUUGACAUCUUUAAAUCUUUUGGAACUUUACAACAAACACAUUACACCUUUGUCUCCAUGUGAAUCUGAAGAUUAAGUUUAAAAGAAGUGGUUCUUUUUCAUAAGAAAUAAUUUAUUUUUAAAAUGGCAAGUCAUACUUCAAAUAAUAAAAAUUAUAAUAUGAAACUGAUUGACACACUUUAUAAUCAAGUUCCAGCUUUUACUGAUGUAUUUGAUGAAGAAACAUGGUAUAUUUU